ACAUGUUUCCUCUUAGCAACCAACACCGUGACAUGGCUACUGACAUGAUGUCUGCUGUCCGCGAAAUUUCGUCCGUGAUCUAGUUGUGUAUUUUCAUUGGGACUAUUUUCCUUGGUGACUGAAGGAACCAUCUUUCACCAUGGCUGCCAUUGUGAGUCCACUGGGCAAUACUAACCGAAAUUCUGCAGGAUCUCACAUAGAUACCACUACACCUGGCAGCGGCAGCAGCAGAUCAGUAAUCAGAAGUGCAGGUGUCAGGCGAUGGAAAAAAAUGCAUGAAGAAAAUGCUAUGAUACAGUUGUCACAAAAGCGUUUGGAAAAGAAAACUGAGGCAAAAAUUGCCCAUGAAAAUGCAAAAAAAAUCGCUCGGAAGAUUCCUGUGGAGGUUCUAGCGAAAGAGUGGUUAUCUAACUUACAGGCCACUGUUGAUAUCAGGGUUUACCUAGUGGACAAAGUUCUUCCAACACUUAUUCUUGGACUGGAAAAGCUGCUUAAUGAAGCAGAGACUAGAAAAUUGGUGAAUAAAGAAGCAGGAGGAGGUUUUGACCCUAAUUUUAACCCAAUUAAUUUCCUGGCUCAGUAUCUCAUGAGAAACAACCCUCGUUAUAGCAACUUUACAGAGGCUUCCCCUUAUGUCCAUGGUCUGCGACAAGUUGCAGAAGAGCUGAGGAUACAGCUGUAUGACUUGUAUGAUAACAGGUUGGCACGCAUCAAAGCAGAGGCUAAGCGCAAAAGAGCUGAGCGAGAAGAGCUGGCACACAUUCGCCAAAUGGAAAAGGAACGAAGACAGGAAAUUCUAAGUACUCAGUUUGAAGACUGGAAUAUUCCAUCUGGCAGUAACAGCGUGGAACUCUCCCUGCUGCAGAAUGCUCUUCGAUCUUUUGUGGAAGUGGCUGAGCAGUUUCCUCCAGAACUGCAUGAAGCAGCCAAAUUUGGACAUCCAUUAGAGCCAACUGAUGAAAGUGGCCACAUGCUGACCCUGAAAGAAUUUGUAAAGUAUUUGAGCAUGUAUGUGGAGAGCCUCUCUUCUGAAAUGUUUGACCAGUUCAUGGUGCACAUGGCUGAGUGUGCCAAAGCAUAUUGUGCUAGUGCAGAACGUGAGGACCGACGUAUAGCGCUCACCAACCUGUUCAUCUACUGUGAUCAUAGUGGGAUUGGCCUGCUGGACCGUCACCGCAUUUUGAGCUUGUUCGAGCAAUUUUGGGACAUAUUUGAGGACAAGAGGGACACCCUGUGCAACCCUCGCACGUGGCCUGUGGUGGAAGUUGAUGAAGUAGAGGACGGCCUCAUUGAGGAUGAAGAGGCAGAAAUAGACCAUAGCCCUGUGGUGGAAGCUAAGGAAGGAGAUGGCAGUCUCAAUGAGAAUGAAGAGGCAGAAAUAGACAAAGAUAAACAGGAGGAUGAUACAACUACUUCAGUGGAGGAUACUUCUGAGAAUCUGCAAUCAGUGAAAUCAGCAACAGAGAGAAACAUCUCUCAAACUGACCAGACAGAGGAAAUGGGGGGAAAAGAGGGGGAUACCUCAGCUGCUCAAGAUGCAGUUUUAGAGAACGAGGAGACCGAGGAGUCAUCUGACAAAGUAGCACAGGCAGCUGCCUCCACAUCCAUUAUGGAGCGUGCCAGUGUUACUUUUGCUCAAGACACCACAUUUGAGAGAGAAAUAACAGGAUUGAGCCUUGCACGUAGCCAGUCACAGACAUCAGCAUUUGAUGAAGACAACUUGAACGUCUCCCAAUUUGUCCAGCUGACAGAGACCUUCCUAGGAGAAAAUCCAGACAAAGGAAUCUUUGAAAAGCUUGUGGCUUUCCUCCGAGAGGGUUAUGAAGAGACAGAGGAUGAAAAGAUCAAGAGACUUAUUAGAGCCAGGAAGGAGGCUUUAUCUGCUAACCGAAAAUUAAUGCUGAAUGCCCUCUUUGAAAAAUGGGAUAAUGAUGGUUCUGGCUACCUUGACCUGGAUGAGGUGGUAGAUGUCAUGGUCAAAUACAAAGAUGGUCAAGAAAAAGAAGCUAUUACUAAAGCUCGUGAGGAGCUGAAGAUCCAGUCAAAGUAUCAUGAUACCCGCCUGAGUAAACAAGAGUUCAGCACAUUUGUCGAUUUAGUUGUUGGAAACAUUCCUGGAAGAGAUACAUUUGAAUAUUUUGUUGAAUUUCUUACAAACAGUGUGGAGAGAUCAUAUGCAGAAAAGGUGCGUGGUGAGGCCCGCAAAAAGUGGCUGCAACAGAUCAUUACAGCUGCAGAAACCAGUGGUAUUAAUCUGGAACCUGUCUACAAAGCUGUCUUUCAGGCUUUGUACAGAGAUGCUGAAGCUCAUGGAGGAGAAAAGCGAAUCAGUGCUAACAUUGCUCUUCUCGAGCGCAACACCACAGAACCAGAACGUGGUGAUGUUAUGCUGAGGUACACAGCAUGUACUCCAGAGGACUCGGUCUAUGUUCUAAACCAAAUUCUUUACAAAGAUAUGAAAGGAGUCAGUUUUGCUGUUGUGGAAAGUGGCCAGCCAGUUCAUGUCCCUCGUGUCAACACCCAUGGCAACAUUCAGUUCUGGAAUGUCAACCGCUCACCUGAAGAGAGAGAGGGGUCUUUCAUAGCACUGCCGUUGAAAGAUCGCAAGAAACGUGUCUUUGGUGUUUUAGGCAUAGACACCCUGUCAGACCCACACUCCAAGGCCAUCUUCAUCACACAUGAAGUACAGUUUUUCCAGGGUAUUGCACAGACCUUCUCCACUGCCUACCACAUCAUUGAACUGCGGCGCAAGCUUAUGCGCAUUACAGAAAGUGCCAUAUCUUGGAUCAAGCGGCGUGCGCUAAAUGUUGCAGAAAUCAUGGUGUACCUGGUUGAGCCCAGCAAAGCUCAGGACUUUGUACUGCGUCGCAUAAUGACCACUGAUGACAAGGGAUUCCCCAUCCAGCUCAAAGACCCGGCUGUACGACUGGAAAGGAAAGAUAAUCUUUUCAGGGACUACCUUUUCAAGUGUGUGGACAAUUCUGAGACUGUAACUGCUGAUGCUUAUGGUCAACGCCAUCUGGCAUUUCCGCUGCGGAAUGAUGAAGGAAAGGCUAAAGCUGUGGUGGACCUCAGCCUGGGGCCCAUGCGUAAGUUGCCUGACCAUGAGAACAAGGAGACCCAGAGGAUGCUGAGGCUACUGCAGCAGGCAUACAAAGAGAUCAUACGCGAGUUUGAAGGGGAAGAACGGCUUCAGGUUCUUGAUGCUGAGAAAGAUGAUGAAACACGUAGAAUCAUGUUUGACCGCCUGAUGCUCAUGGAACUCAGGGAAAACGUGUCCAAACUGGACAACAGAGCCUAUGCGGAACUGAAGGCCUAUUACAGCCCACCAGAAAUAGUGCUGCAUAUCUUAAGAGCCACGCUUGCCAUCUUUUACCAAGAUUUGGCUGAACAAGGAGAGUUUGAUGACUGGAAUACAAUAAAAUCUUACAUCGACAGUGAUCUGAGCCAGAAUAUACAGCAGUAUGACCCUACCUCAGCAGAUGAGCUGAUCUCACCAAGCGUCAUUGAAAAUUACUUGAAAGAGGUUCCUCAUGGCGAAGUGGCCAAGCAUGGCUCCCUGCCAGCCCAGUAUCUUUACAACUGGGUUUUUGUCUGUCUCUCCCUCAUUGAGCACACAAGGAAAAUGAGACAAAACAGCGAUGAAGGAGUUAACUGCUACGAGUGACCAUGCAUUGCCUGCUGCUAAAGAAGAUGAAGAGGAAGAUGCCAAUGAAGAUCAAGAUCAGGAGGAAAACCUAAAUCCAGAAGAUGAUCAAUGAUGAAGCACUUCUGAUGGACGUUGUGAAGAUCCAUAGAACUACUGCAGUGUUUAACUGGUUUUUUUUUAAAGAGGCCGAGAUUUAGCUCAAAGACUCUGGCAGGUACAGUUUUUGUAAAAUAUUGUGAACUGGCGUUUUUAAAUGGAGGUCUGCAAUGAUGCUUAUGAUGGCCGUGGAUGGCCGUGUUUACAGUCAACAAAAACAUUUUUUGACAAACACUUCACGACCAGUAAAUUAUUUUAUAUCAAAUAUGUUUGGAUGAUCUAAGUAAAAGAGCUCCUUUUACAUUUUGGUCAGAAUAAUUUCUAUGUAUCUUGUAUGUCAUCUGUAGUGUGCAUAGCUACAUCAUGAAAGCCUUCUCUUGGGUUUCGGAAGUGGACUUAGAUCGAAAGCAACCUAAUGGGUAGACAGAUUCCUCAGACAUUUAUAGCUACUGUCCAUGGAAAAUGCAGAAUUUGUUUUGGAAAUGUUUACACUUGUAAGUUUACCAUUUAAGGACUUUUUUGUUAGUGUGGUCAGGUUAAAAAGAUGGUAAAUUAAAUGAUGCAAUUAAAGGUCAUACAUAUUGUCUACUUAAAAUAUUUAUAUAUAUAUUUUUAGCAAUUCACUAUUGCUAUUAAAUUAUGCUUUAUAUGCACUUCACA